AUGGACUACGCCCCCAGCGUGCCCAUGGGGCCCAUGGGCCCCGCCGUCCCAGGCCCCCGCAGCCCCCGCCUCGGCUCCUCGCCUGACUCGGACUCCGGCGGCGCCGAGCACGGCCUGGAGCACGUGGGCGCGGACGGGCGGCGGCGGCUGGACAACCUCACGGACUACCAGGCGGACUGCUCGAGCAGCAACCCCGGCAGCCCCAGCGCCAGCCCCUCGUCGCCCGCCGCCUCGCCGCCCUCGGCGGACUUCCCCCGGCCGCCCCCGCGCCACCAGCCGCCCCCCGACCUCCUGGUGCACGCCGCGGACUACGGCGAGUGGGCGCGCGGGCGCGACGCGCAGGCCCGCGACGCCCGCGACCCCAGGGUGCUGGCCGACCAGCGGCCGUACCCCUCCGGCGGCUAUGAGGAGUCCGACGGCUACCUGGGCUACGCGGACGACGGCGGCGUCCUGGCCGCGGACGCGGAGGCCGAGGACGACGCGCUGCCCGAGGACCCCUACCUGACGUCCUCGUACCCGGAGGAGGACUCGGACAUGGCGGCGACGGACGAGGGCUACCACCUGCACCACGCCGGGCAGCACGCCUACGGGUCGAGCCGUCGUAGCUACGCCGCUGGCCGGCAGCACAGCUACCCCGGCGCCGUGCCCGACCCCAACUCCCUGCAGCCGCCCGGCAUGUACCGCCGCGGCUUCUCCGAGGACGUCAACGAGAUCCGCUCCGCGGCCGCCGGCUACGAGUACGACGAGGAUGGCUACGGUGGCCACCAGCGCGGCAUGCCGCCGCAGCGUGGCGUGGCCGACGGCCUCAGCGACGGCCACAGCGACACCUCCAGCGUGCGCAGGCUCAGCAACUCGCCACGCCACUCGCGCCUCUUCUCGGACGCCGAGCUGGGCCGCGACGGCCGCGACCUGGACGUGUCCCGCCGCGGGCGCGCGGACGGCGGCGAGUCGUCGGCGCUGCGCUCGGCGGCGUACCUCCGCCAGAACGUGAGCGCCGACGGCGUGGUGCGCCGCGACGCCGCCAUGUCCGUGGUCGACGAGGUGGCCGCCUACCACGCCGCGCCGCCGCAGCGCCGCCUGCCCGCCGAGCCGUCCCUCUACCGCCGGCCGUCGCUGGACCCCGGCCUGGAGGCGGCGGUGGAGGCCCUGCGCCUGGACCCCGCGCCCUACCGCUCGCGCUGGCGCAGCCCCAGGCCCGCGGCGCACCAGGACGCCGUCUUCUACCGCCGCCACACCUUCGACUCGUCCAGCGAGGAGGCCGCGGCCGGCGGCGGCUACUUGCGGCCGCACGAGGACGCGCCGCCUCCCAGGUCGCCCGGCUACGCCGCCGGCCGUCGCUACGAGCCUGCCGCCAUGUCGACCACGGGCAGCACGCGCGCCGCCUGGUACCGCGCCAACCGCUCCGACUCACGGCCCCCCAUCGGCCCCGGCCCCCGCAGCACCCCAGCCUCCCCCAAGAAGCUGACCGGCUCCUGGGAACACGAGCCCAACGUCAACUACUUCUUCUCCAACCUGCCCGUCAACGCCGCGGACAUGUACAUGCGGCCCGGGGACCUCCCCGCCACGCAGCAGGCCGCCGCCAGCGACACGGAGGGCCUGGCCGACGACGAGGAGAGCGACGCGCCGACCGUGGCGUCGACCACCAUGCCCAUCCCGGAGGUGUUCGUCGAGGAGGCCGGCGAGGACGACGACGAGGAGUACGUGCCCAGCCCCAAGGACAAGCGCCGCGGCGCCUCGCCCUACGUGUACAAGGACCGCCACUACCUGGACGAGUGGGCGUACCAAGGCCCCUCGUACUCGUCCGCGACGUCGGCCACGUCACCCAGAGGGCCGCCGUCGAGGGGGCCGUCGCCGCGAGGCCAGCGGGGACCCUCGCCCAGGGCGCCGGCGCGAGGCUACAGCCGCAGUCCCCUGCCCAAGCCGCCGACGACAGUCAGGGACAGCGACCCGUCGCCUGGCUACGUCCCCGUGCACAAGGAGUACCUAGGCACCAUGGGGGAUCCAGUCACCGACUACCACAUCGAGAGCGAGCGAGAGCACCGCCGUCAGAGUGACUACCACGUGGAGAGUGAACGGGACCGGCGCCAGAGUGACUACAGGCGCGCGCAGCUCGGUGGGGUGUCCCCCGGGCCGCCCGCCGUCGGCGACUCCGGGUACCGGGGCACGCGCGGCCUGCGGGGCCCGCCCAUGGCGGUCAAAUCGUUCGACGGCGUGCUCGGGCGGCGGCAGGAGUACGUCACCGAGCUGGACAUGCCCAAGGCCGCCAAGGGGGCGCCGUCGGCGGCCUCCAACAACGCGAACCACCAAGCCCUGUCGCUGUCGCUGUCGCCGCCGAGGAGGCGCAGGAAGAUGCCGGCGCUGCACCCCAGCGGGUCUGAUGAGGUGGACCAUGACACCAAGCCUCACCACCAUCAGCAUCACCACCACCACCAUCACCACCACCACCUCCAGCACCACCACCAAUCGUCCCAGCAGCGGCAUCGCCAGCCAAAGUCGUCCGAGGUGCGUUCGGAGGGCGGCAGGAGGGAGUCGGAGGACUUGGAGGAGGCCACGGACAACGAGCCUCUGCUGCCCGAGGACAGGGAGGAGCAGGAGAGCCCCUCCGACUACUGCACCGGCGGCUACCACCCCGUGCGAAUCAACGACCUGUUCCACGGCCGCUACCAGGUGUACUGCAAGGUGGGCUGGGGCCACUUCAGCACGGUGUGGCUCUGCAGGGACAAGGCGGUGAAGCGCUUCGCGGCCCUCAAGGUCGUCAAGAGUGCCCACCACUACACUGACACCGCCCUGGACGAGAUCCGGCUCCUCAAGCGGGUGCGCAACGCCGACCCCACGGACCCAGGCCGGCGGCGCGUGGUGCUGCUGCUCGACGACUUCCGCGUCGAGGGCAUCUACGGCAUGCACAUCUGCAUGGUGAUGGAAAUGCUGGGCUGCAACCUGCUGAGGCUCAUCAACCGCACGCACUUCAGCGGGCUGCCCCUCCACAACGUCAAGCGCAUCAUCAAGCAGGUGCUGGAGGGACUGGACUACCUGCACACCAAGUGCCACAUCAUCCACACCGACAUCAAGCCGGAGAACAUCGUACUGGUCGCGUCGCCGGAGUACCACCGCAAGCUGGCGCUGGACGCCAUGCAGUGGCACGACCGCAGUCGCCAGGGCGGCGCCAUGCCCAGGUCCAUGGUGGCCAACAUGCCCGCCAAGCUGCCCGCGCCCGAGGGCAAGUCCAGCAGCAGCAGCGGCGGCAAGCGCAAGUCGGAGUCCGGCGCGGCGACGGGGCCCGCCACGGCGACGCAACGCACGCACACCAAGCACCGCAGGCACACGCACGAGGCGGGGGAGUCGUCCCUCGCCAGGGGCGGGCCCAGGGGGGUGGCGCCGCCGCUGUCCAAGUCCAGGGAGCGGCAGAACGGCAACGGCAACGCCAACGGCGGCAGCGGCGCGCACUCGUCCCGGCAGAAGCCGAGCACGGAGUUCCAGAGCGACAAGCACCACAGCUUCGACGAGAUGCCGCUGGCGUCGGUGCGCACCGAGAACGAGUGGGACGACUGGGAGCCUCCGGCCGUAGCCCUGCUGUCGUCGUCGGCGUGCUACCGGCCCAGGACGGCCCGCGGCACCAGCCUCGCCAGCAGCAGGCCGGAGGACGACGCCGCCCACCACUGACUGUUCCUCUCGGUUCCAGAGGGCAGCCCCCGCCGCGCCACGUCCUGCCCCGCCCCCGACCCGCCCCUCCCCUCGCACCUGCCGCCCGCGCCGGGUGGCCCGGGCUCCGGGGACGACAGCUCGCCGGACUGCGACCCCGCCAAGACUGACUUCGUCGAGUUCGACAUCAAGAUCGCCGACCUGGGCAACGCCUGCUGGACCUUCCACACGUUCACCGACGAGAUCCAGACUCGGCAGUACCGGUGCCCCGAGGUCAUCCUCGGCGCCAAGUACGGCACCUCGGCGGACAUCUGGAGCCUGGCCUGCAUGGCCUUCGAGCUCCUGACGGGCGACUACCUCUUCGAGCCGCGCUCUGGGGCGACGUACUCGCGCGACGAGGACCACCUGGCGCACAUCAUGGAGCUGCUGGGGCCGCUGCCCAAGGACUUGGUGACCAACGGCAAGCACUCCAAGCACUUCUUCAACACCAAGGGCGCGCUCCGCAACAUCGGCAAGCUGCGGCCCUGGCCGCUGCGCAGUGUGCUGGAGGACAAGUACGAGUGGAGUCGCGAGGAGGCGCAGAGCUUCAGCGACUUCCUGUCGCCCAUGCUGGACCUGAGGCCGCAGCUGCGGGCCUCGGCCGCCGAGCGAUUGACGCACGCCUGGCUGGAACCAGCGCGAGCCACCAACCGCUGGACCAUCUGCAUCUGAAGGCCCAAGGUCACCCAAGGUGCAGCAGUGCACCACCUCGCCCGCGACCGGCUGGAACCGGCGCGAGCAACCACCCGACCACCGUCUGAGGAGAAGGCGACAGCUCAGCUAGGCUGCCCUUCACCUAACUCGAUGUAUCGAACCCGAAAUACUUCCCUAUUGAAAAAAGAAAAUGCCGUGCUGUUCUGCGAUGCUGUGAGCCACGAGUUCUGCAAGUCUGAUAUUCUACGUUCCCCUAAACCGUUGAUGGCCUCGCCUAUACCUCAACUUCGGGCCUCAACUCAUGCAUACGGGCGACGGCGAUCGACAAACUGGCAGCUCCAUCAGCUUCUCCAAUUGUAGUUUUGGUUGGCGGGGCUGAACUGUCGUGGGCAUGGGCUUGAAUUAAAAUAAUUGUCACUAAAAAAGUCGAACCCAUCGUGGUGGCUUUGCCCACAGAGAUCCCACCAUGUGGGUGACUUGGUGAUCUACUGGGUGACGUACUGAGCCUGUGUGUGUCGAAGUUACGCACCAGCAUUGCAAUCACUUGGAAUGUUUACUUCUUUCUUGGCAGUGCAGAGUGUAUGACCUGUCAAUUAGACACAAUCAAUGAUGUAUCUUGUUGUGGGACCUCAAAAAUUCUGACCAAUCAGUUGCAAAUUAAACAUAUCCAAACUUUUAUCAAUUAUAAAGGUUCAGUCUGAUUGAAGUAUGGCCUAUGCUGGCUCAUUAUUUGACAGGGUUAUAUUGUUGUUUCAUUCUCUGUACAAUUGCAUUACUUGGUAUGUUAGAGAGUGCUUAGAUUGAAAAAUGUGACACACUGAUAUGUAGACCACCUAUUGAAUGUGAGAUAGUGAUCUGAUAUGCCGCCUUUCCAAUUCAGGCAUUUUCCUACAUUUUAUUCAAUUUACCUCCUUUUUUGCAAUCAGUGUAUAAAAUGAGAUACAACAGCUAUGUCUCUUUUUACAAAUGAGAAUGUGUAAUAUCAGAACUCUUUGAGCUCAAACUGGCUCAUGUCAACAAAUUGUCACUCUGUCAUUGAGCAAUUGUAGAUAAAUUAGGUAACACCUGUUAAUUUAUUCCUGUUUACAUGCUCUUAAUUUAAUUUUUCUUGGAAAAACAUGCUGUUGGUGACACUGAUAAUUCUACUCUUCUCACUCUGUGAAGCCACAUCCUGAAAUCUCUGUGAUUACCUGUCACACUUAUUGUAGUCUAAGUUAAUCAACUUCUAGUCAGAGUUCUGAGAACUCCUUAUUUUUACAAUAAGUUGACAAUUUUGUUUCAUUUAUAAUAGAAGAGUCUGACUUAUUUGGUUAUCUUAUAUAUUUUGUUUUCAUUUUCCAUUCUUCCUACUCCCCUUUUAAAAAUCAAUAAAUUGUUAUGAAAUAAACAAAA